AUGUCUCACACAGCUAGAGACAGCUCCCCUCACAAGGGGAACUUUACACGUGUCCCUCUCAAAGUUAGAGCAUGCAUAGUAGUAAGUCAGAUCCAUCGGGCGUGUCAAGCGGUUCAGUUUGAUGGAGGUGGAGAGAAGAAUGGAAUUGAUGGAAUAGUUGGGAUUGAAGGGAUUGUUGUCGGGAAUGUAGGCAGUAUUGGGUUGGCCGGCAUUGGAGGUAGUGUCACCUUUGGGGUUUUGGGCAACGUAGGCAAUGCUGGUUUUGGCAAAGAAGGGACUUGGGAGCUUGGGAGUGGUUGUAGAGUUGGGUUGGUUGGCAGUGUGGGCAAUGUGGCCUUGGGCAGUGUUGGUACUGAGGGCAAUGGCGGCAAUGUGGCCUUGGAUGGUGUUGGUAAUGAGGGCAAUGGUGGCAAUGCAGCCUUGGGCAGUGUUGGUAAUGAGGGUAAUGGCGACAAUGUGGGCAAUGUGGGCUUGGGCAGAGAUGGAAUUGUAGGCACAGUCAAUGCCGGUGGUGGAGCUGCUGGGGUGUCCUAA